AUGUCUCCACCGACGUCAGGGCCGUCCGACGACAACAUCGAGGCUGGAGAGAUACAAAAGCACGAGCGAGUCAAAGCGACGGCACAGAACCAGCCUUCCUCGUCUCCAACCCUGUCACACCUCCAAGAACUGUUCGACCUCGCCACGGGUCUCGUGCUGCCAUACGCCCUGCAUCCCUUACUUGCCGUUGAAGUCUUUCAUCCCAGAUUCGCCAGCAUGUGGCCAUUCAGCAUCAGCUCGUCCUUUGUGCCCGCAACCAGUAUCCCAAGCCUUGCGGGCAAAGUCAUCCUCGUGACCGGGGGGAAUAACGGUAUCGGCAAGGAAACAGUCCUGCAGCUCGCGAAGCACAACCCGCAAAAGAUCUAUCUCGCUUCGAGAACCGAAUCCAAAGGACGAGAUGCCGUAGCGUCGAUCAAGGCGCAAACUUCCCAGGAUGUCGAUGUCGAGUAUCUUCCUCUGGACCUCACUUCAUUGCCUUCCAUCAAAGAAGCGGCCGACCAAGUCAUCGGCCACAGUGACCGACUGGACAUUCUCGUUCUGAACGCCGGCAUCAUGGCCGUUCCUGCAAGCAAGACAGCCGCAGGGCAAGAGAUUCAAAUGGGCACCAACCACGUGGGCCACUUUUUGUUGACGAAACUGCUCCUUCCAACCAUGGAAAAGACAGCCAAGGAGCACAACGCGGACGUUCGGGUCGUCUCUGUCUCCUCCGAGGCGUGGAACAUGGGCCCGAACCUCGACACGAUCCUGUCGACGGAGAAGUUGCUGGCCACCGGUCCGUGGACCCGAUAUGGCGCCUCCAAGUCGGCCAACAUCAUGUUCGCUGCCGAGUUAGCUCGACGGCAUCCCACGCUGACCAGCGUGUCCGUUCACCCCGGGAUCAUCAAGACCGACCUUUACCUUCCGAGCAGCCAGACCAACUCGAUCCUGAAGUACGGCUCCAUGAUCUUCGGCCCCUUGAUGUUCUCGACCGUCCAAGCCGGAGCCUUCAAUCAGCUCUGGGCGGCCGCGGGUGCCAAGAAGGAGGAGCUCGCCAAUGGGAGCUAUUACACGCCCGUGGGCAAAAACCGGCCGAACAAGUGGUCCAAAGACGCUGAGGCGGGCCGGAAGUUAUGGGAGUGGACAGAGAAGGAGUUGAAGGUCGCUGGCUAUUGA